GGGCCUCGCCGAGGACCCUGGGCUGGGCGCCUGUGCCGGUUUGUCUACCCUUCCCCUCAGCCGCCUCCUUUCAACCUUGUCGGCCGGUUGGCGCGGUCUCCAUCACAGCGGCGACCGCUCCCGUUGCAGCUGCAGCUCUCUCUCCCUUCGAUCCCUUCCCGCCAGGUCCCGGAGUUCGCCCGCCAUGGCUCUACUCACUGCGGCAGCCCGGCUCUUGGGAGCCAAGAACUCAUCCUGCCUUGUCCUUGCUGCCCGGCAUGCCAGUGCUUCUUCCGCGAAUUUGAAAGAUGUCCUGAGCAAUCUGAUACCUAAGGAGCAGGCAAGAAUUAAGACCUUCAGACAGCAACAUGGGAACACAGUGGUGGGCCAAAUUACUGUGGACAUGAUGUAUGGCGGCAUGAGAGGCAUGAAGGGACUUGUGUAUGAGACAUCGGUUCUUGAUCCUGAUGAGGGCAUCCGUUUCCGAGGCUAUAGUAUCCCUGAAUGCCAGAAACUGCUGCCUAAGGCUAAGGGUGGGGAAGAACCCCUGCCCGAGGGCUUAUUUUGGCUGCUGGUAACUGGACAGAUGCCCACAGAGGAACAGGUAUCUUGGCUCUCACAAGAAUGGGCAAAAAGGGCAGCUCUGCCUUCUCAUGUGGUCACCAUGCUGGACAAUUUUCCGACCAAUCUGCACCCCAUGUCUCAGCUCAGUGCAGCUAUCACCGCCCUCAACAGUGAAAGCAACUUCGCCCGGGCAUAUGCAGAGGGAAUGAACCGAACUAAGUACUGGGAGCUCAUCUAUGAAGAUUGUAUGGACCUGAUUGCCAAGCUACCGUGUGUUGCUGCAAAGAUCUACCGGAAUCUGUACCGUGAGGGCAGCAGUAUUGGGGCCAUUGACUCUAAGCUGGACUGGUCCCACAAUUUUACCAACAUGUUAGGCUACACAGACCCUCAGUUCACUGAGCUCAUGCGUUUGUACCUCACCAUCCACAGUGACCAUGAGGGUGGUAACGUAAGUGCCCACACAAGCCAUUUGGUGGGCAGCGCCCUUUCAGACCCUUACCUGUCCUUUGCAGCAGCCAUGAAUGGGCUGGCGGGGCCUCUACAUGGACUGGCAAAUCAGGAGGUGCUCGUCUGGCUCACACAGCUACAGAAGGAAGUUGGCAAGGACGUGUCAGAUGAGAAGUUACGAGACUACAUCUGGAACACACUCAACUCAGGACGGGUUGUCCCAGGAUAUGGUCAUGCAGUGCUGAGGAAGACUGACCCACGAUACUCCUGUCAGCGAGAGUUUGCUCUGAAGCAUCUGCCUAAGGAUCCCAUGUUUAAGCUGGUUGCUCAGCUCUACAAGAUUGUGCCCAAUAUCCUCUUAGAGCAGGGGAAGGCCAAGAACCCGUGGCCCAACGUGGACGCCCACAGUGGGGUGCUGCUCCAGUACUACGGCAUGACGGAGAUGAACUACUACACAGUCCUGUUUGGAGUGUCGAGGGCACUGGGUGUGCUGGCCCAGCUCAUCUGGAGCAGAGCCUUAGGCUUCCCUCUGGAAAGGCCCAAGUCCAUGAGCACGGAUGGUCUGAUGAAGUUUGUGGACUCUAAGUCAGGGUAAAUGGGAGAUUGGGGGAAACUGACUAUAAGACAAUGAGGAAGCUUAAGAAUAAAGUAUAAUUUUUUUGUUUCAGGGGCCUUUAAGACUUAAGAUUAAACUGUAUCUGAGGCACUGAAAAUACAUUUGAGGUUAAAAAUAUAAAUUAAGACUUGAAAGACAAAGUGACCCCUUCUCCCCUCACCGGCUCACCUCCCCUCCUGGUGUGAGUUGCCCGCCAGCUGUAAGAUGACCGGGACUGAUGCAUGUGGUCAGGGCUAGCUCUGACUACCCACCAUCUCUAGAGCAAGAGUCUGGCUCCUCUCUUCUUUAGGUCAAAGCAGGUUAUGGAAAAGCUUCAGUCACUCAGUGAAGCUUUUGUGUCUGCUCUGCUGCUCCUAAAUCAUUUAGGCCAGGGACAGGUCCCCUUUAUGUCCAUAGAAAUCAUGUUGGAUGUCAGCUGUGUCAAACGCUAGGGCCUUUUCCAUGUACACAAGCAUCUCCUACCUAGCAGCAAGAUGUACUGGUUAGCUGGAGACGCUUUGGCAACUUUUUAUGCUAUCAGAUGACCAUAAAUGGCAUGGUAUUUAUUGUGACUGGCACCCAACAUUUGAAUUAUUUCUCCUUUUAAUUAUACCAUUAAAGUUAAGGUCUGGGAGUGUUCUGUUUCCUUCCAGGCUUUCUGUACCUGCUGUGCCUCAAGCUGAGGAUGUUCUGGGUCUCCCUGUCCUGACCUCUGCUAGGGUCCUCUCUUAGCAGGUCUAUCCGAUCUGUGGUCUUCCCGGUCAUUUGGCUUUAUCAGUACUUAAUGUGAACGAGGUCUUUUACUUCCAUGGAACAUAAGCCACUAUCUUCUGACCUUGAUCUCUCCUGUUAACAUGCUCUGGCACAGAACAAGGGCUCAGGAAUGACCAGCCCCUUUGGGGUCUGGUCCCAGGGGUUCUAGCCUUUCUUUUUGAGCAGCAAUUACACGUGGUUCCCAUUGAAUAUUAGAUGGACCUAGGGCUGGGGGCAUUCAAAACAGUAAGCCGCCUUCUUUCUCAUCCCGUGUCAAGGAGAUGGUCCUUUAUUUAUCAGUGUCUUUUGCUCUUCCCAUAAGUAAGAGCUCAUAGCACGACACUUAUUUUAGCAGCCCCAUUUGCACAGAUUUUCAGUGACUCAGAAUGCUCUACUGCCUUUUCUUUGAGAAAGGGUUGAGAUACACUCCUGUUGUCCCCUGUCCUUAUCCCAAAGCUCCUGCCUAUGUUUAUAUGGAACCCAACUCUAGCACCACCACACUGUUGAGAUGGACACACUGUAAACCCCUGGGUAACUGUUAAAGUCAUGAUGCAGACUUCAGGUUGUUCUGUAUAAAAUGAAAAAUAAUAAAUGUUUUUAUUAACAAUG